GAAUAUUACUCGGAUAAAAUUCUAUCAUGUUUAUUUUCAUUGAUCUUCAACAGUAAUUUCAGUAAUUAUCGGUUGUGAUAGUUCCACAGAUUGACUGUGUGUACAACAUGGCCAUAUUAUUCAAGCCCAAUGACAAGGGCAGUCGUGAACAAAAUCGUCAAUUUUAUGUUUGUAUCUACCUAGCUCAUUGUGAACACCCGAUUGUGAACGUUUUUAUUAUAAGUGUAAUGUGUUGAACUAAUGUGUUCCCAUUGUUAUUACCUGUUUCGAGUGAUAAGCUGUGAUACCAUCUGCACCAAUAUUUCUUGUUACUUUAAGCGACUAUUUGGUUUACCGUCGACAGCAACGAUUACGUCCGUUUUGGGAAACACACAAUAUGUUAUAAUGAGCUGGUAGUCAUGAUAGUGGCAACUACAGAUUGAUCUGCCUAUUUGUUAGAUGUUAGCUUGAUAGUAAUGUUUUUUUUUUUAUGAAAUUAUUUAAUUGUGAUACUGGUAGCCUUUACGCGAAGAUAUUACUCAUGUAUUAUGGAAGUAUUCGUUUCAGGUAAUAAAAAUUAAAUUAGCUUGAAAAUGAUAACGUUUUCACCGACGGUAAAGGGCCUGUUCUCUUUAUGAUUUUUUUAAGUUAACAAGUUUUAAGUAACAAGUGUUAGCAUUAUUUUAGUAAAUUAUUGGCGGUAUUGUUGGAUCUGCAGAAAUAGUUAUGCGAAUAACGUCUAAGGGAAUAACUGCUAUUCGAAGGUUUAUUUUUGUGAUUUUUAAAAUCUAUCGGAGUCGGUAAAGUUCCCGUAAAUGCAUUCAUUGCUAUAUGUUAUUCAAAGUAUAAUUUACCAGAUAGGUUGCAAUAGGUGCCACAAUGAUUUUUGCGCUACAGAAAAUGAGACAAUAUAAGCCAAAUGUAUAGAACCAAAUUAAUACGAUGAGACCACAGGCACCAGGUCGUCAAAUGCUAUUUCUAAAUAUGCAAAUACGUUCGCAUGAUUCCUUUUUUUGCUAUUUUCGCCAGUCGUUAGCGCAUUCGAGCUUUGUCAGACAAAAACACUUUUCAGUGUUAAAUUUUGCGAAACAAUUUUGAAAAAUUGGUCCCCCUAUCAACCUUUUGUCAAAACUCUAUUCCACCACGAGUUGCCUCUUAACUCGCAGAUGAGUAUUUUAAUAUGGUGUUUUCUGUACUAUAUUCACAUUUUAUUUACGAGCUUGAGCUACAACUUAAGGUUUUAUGGAAGGCGCUAGGUGAAAUGUUUAAAAGAAGGCCAACUUAUCAAAAUUUAUAGUGCGAGUCACCGGUGAGGUUCUAAAUAAAUGUUUUAUUAUUCAGAUCUGCUGAAGAGAACGCUUCAAGAGGAGUUCAACAGCAUGCGUUCGUAAAUUCUUACAUUUCAGUAAUGGUGUGGAACAGUAUUAAAAAACAGUCUACUCGAGCAUCACUUAAACCAGCCGCAGUGAAAUAUUUUCACUGACGCUCUUCGGCAAUACUUUGAUUGAAAAUUCCAAUUGUUUAGACAGUGCAUGCUAAAUGGGAAAGCAAAUGUUUUUACCUCCGGUGAAAAAUGGCACAACGGCCCAUGUGACUUAAUACCACCAGGUCAUCUGAAAAAAAGUGUUUCUUACAUAAUUAAUGCAUAGUGUUUAUCAUCCGCUAUUUAAGCCAACUGCAUAAAUAUUAGACAAUGAUUUAAUUGCCAUGUUCUACACCACCAGAAUCUGAUUGCCUUCGGAUUUCUUAACUAGUGUCGCAUAUAUUAGUUCUCGAAAAAAAUUGACCAUGUUUCUAGCCAGAUGGCUUUAAAGUCGUAUAUUUCACGCCAUAUUAGUUACAUCGACAUUUUCAUUUGAAGGCUGAGAUUUGUUAGAACUUCUGAAAUGUCUUUAUUCAGAUUUAAGAUAGAAUAUUUUGACGAUGGGCGAAAUGUUUGCUAAAAUUUACUGUCUUUUACAGUUGUAUUACGAUGAAGGCAUAGUUUCUGAUCAGGCCCAUAAAAAGUUAUGCUAUUUAUGGUUAAAACGCAUUAUCGGAAUAAACGCCCCAAAGAUAGUUCUGUCGCUUUUACUCUGCAAAUUUCGAUACGAAAGAUGCUGCUUGUAGUUGUUGACAAGUUAUGGAAAAAGCUCACGAAGUUAUCGCAAAAGUCUGUGUAUUACACAAUCUGUAGCAAAGCCCAGACUGACGCCUAACAAGGCGAUUCUAUGAGUUUGGUGGAAUUAGAAAGAAUCACACGCUGUGAGUUGCUGCCGCUUGGCAGAACGAUCGAUUCCAACCUCUGCUGUCAACAACUAACAAAAAAGGCGACCAGAAUUAAUGAAUAGAAAGGGAGGGGCAUUGUCUUCAAUUAUGACAUUAGUAGAUAAUAAACACCUUUAGCUAUCCGGCAAAAAUCGAGAAAGAGCUUUGAUGGAAGUUUGAAUAUAUUCACCGUAUUGUCCAAAUCUCGUACUAUCAGACUAUCAUCUAUUUCAGUUUCUGCAGAACUUUUCUAAUGAUGCAGUUUCAAUGGAAGAAUGCAAAGGUUAUUUGUCACAGUUUUUCGCCCAGAAACCACAGAUGUUUUACAAUAACGAAAUUGUGGUGUUACCACCAAAUGGCAGCAGGUCAUCGAUCCAAAUGACGCAGAUUUAGUUUAAAACUAUUGCUUUUGUUAGAAAUGGUCAAUACUUUUUUGAUGACCCAACAUGCGUUAAGUAGUACUUUAUUGAAAGCGAAUGAUGAUUUUUACAAAAUAUGAAAACAUACGUUAAUGUUUAUAGUGAAGCUAAGAUGUCAUUGCGAACCCGUCCAGGAAACGCCCGUUCUAAAAUCCGUCCAAAUAAUUUACGAAAGAAACGAGUUGAUUAAAUGCUGAUAUGUUCAGUUGAUAUAAAUUAAUAUUAGAGAAAUCGAUUGAUUACGUUUUCAAAACACAAAUAUCAAACCUCAUAUCAGCUUCUCCUGCCGAAAAAAGAAAGAGCUUCGCAACAUCAUCAUGAAGUUGGCUCAAUUUGUAGCCCGGAACGGCCCCGAGUUUGAGGAGAUGACUAAGCAAAAGCAAAGGGACAAUCCAAAAUUUGAGUUUCUAUUUGGCGGACCCUUUCAUCAAUACUACGUCUGCCAGGUCAAGGCUCAGCAUGCGGCUCUUGUUGGACAACGGGGCCAGGACUUCCACGGAGCAUGGCCGAAUACCUACCCCUCUCAUCAAGGACAAAACACUAAUUGUGUCCUUCGACUUCAAAAUCAAGUCAACAAGCCGCUGGUGCGAUCUCCACCCCGAAACCAGAAUCAAGGAGCACCGGAGCCAUGGGCAGACGGUCCGUCUGCACCCUGGGGCCCACCAGGAAUGGGAGCAACACCAAUGGGAGGUUCUCCUAUCGGGCCAGGGCCAAUAGCACCGAACAUGGGAGGACCACCUGUUGGUCCAAUGUGUUCUAUGGGCCCUCCCCCAUGCGUACCACCAAUGGGAAAUUUAGCAACUACCCCUGGUGGUCCAAUGGGCGGAAUGACCGGUCCGCCACCAGGUGGCCUACCAAUGCCCCCAAUGCUACCAGGGCCUCCUCCUCCCCCUGGAACAGAUUGGGUUCCUCCACCAGGAACCAGUCCAAACCUUAGUUCUACAGGGGGUGCUGGAAAUACCGAAGUCAUCGAAACACUUAAGAAACAGAUCCAAGAAAGUCAGGCCCAAAUUCAACAGUCCGAGGCCAACCUGGCAGCCCAGCAUUCAUGCCUUAUGUCAGGCCAGCAGCGAGUCCUUGACGAAGCAUUAAAGGAUGCUGUCAAGGAAAAAAUUGCGGCUCGCGCCAAAGAUUGCGGCCUCGAAUUGGACGAAUUCGACCGAAAACUAACUGCCGUAAUGGAAACUUGCACGAAAGAAGCCAUCUCGCACGGAAAGACAUGGAUACUUUCUCGUGCAACAGAUCAAGCUCGGGCACAGGUUGUAGCUGAGCACCUACUCCGGCGAGCAACUGAAGCAGGGACAAUUCCAUUCGAGCAUAAACUGCACAUUGUUUAUCUCGUUAAUGAUUUGUUACAUCAUUGUCAACGGAAAGGUCUGGACGUGAUGAGUCGAGCACUUAAGGACAUCGCCGUUCCUCUGUUUUGUACGGCAUGUAAUGAGUGUCCGACGGAUCGCUUAUGUAAGCUAGAUAAGCUACGAAAUCUGUGGACGGCGAAUCAGUACUUCGACGAAGGUGUCGUCGGUCAACUCAACGAUCCUCUGCAAAGUGCUGCCAACUAUCGGGCACGGCUCAUUGCAGAAAAUCAAGACGUGCUGCAACGUGCCACAGCGGAUGUUCAGGCGAAAUACGCUGGCUUCCAGAAACAACACAUGGAUUUCGUGGCGCAUCUGACCCAACAGGUUGUUCGACUGCAAGCUGACCUGGCAAGAGAAGAAAGUCGGCCUCCACCUCCGCCUCCUCCUCCUAGGGAGUCUCCAUCUCAAGGAACACCGUCAAUCCCUCAAGGAACCCCAGGGCUCCCAGGAAUGCCUCCGACUAGUAAUCGUUGGAGGCCCCAGGCACAACCAGAAGUAAACGGAAUGCGUUCAUAUGCUGAGAGGCGUGAAGGUGACGUUUUAAUGUACUCUGGAAGCGGGGGUGACUACGGUGAAAGGCGGGACCCCUCAGAGUAUCCCUCCCAGGGGGGCUACGACUAUAACUACGUCCAGCCGGAAGUAAUGCCCGAGUCGUUUGUGCCCGAUCUACCCUAUUACAAACUUCCUGCUGGUCUCAUGGUACCCGUAGUCAAGCUGUCAGAUUGCACUUACGAAGCUUUAAACCCUGCUGAGCUUCGACUGCCCCCGAAAUUACCGCCCAGCGAGCAUCUGCUAUCAGCUCUAGAAGCCUUUUAUGCCCCACCAUCGCAUGACCGUCCACGAAACGUCGAAGGCUGGGAGCAACUUGGCAUUUAUGAAUUCUACAAAGCAAAGAAUGCGGCCAAAGCAGAGAAAUACAAAGAUCAACCGAUUCCACAAGACGGCUAUACCUCCACUGGGGAAUCUGAUGAAGAAGCACAACGCCUCGAAGAUGUCGAGCGUUCAGAGAGGAAUCGGCGCAACGCAGAGAGAGAAGCACGCCGAGUCGGUCGAAAACGUUUUCGAGAAACUCCGCCACCUCACGAAGAAAUCCCUAGCUUGUCACCCAGUCCACCACCGCCAAAUCCGCGCGAUAGGUCUGGCGAGAAAGAUCGUAGCCCUAGUCGAUCAGAAAGAUCCAGAAAACGUCGCAGUCAGCAGUCAUCCCCACCGCGUAGACGCAGCCCCUCUCCAGAGAUUCGGCCAUCAUUUGGAACUCCAGUUGCCCAAGUUCCUCCACAGCGGUUGGAUGAAAGUAACAAGGGUCAUCAGCUCCUGAAGAAAAUGGGCUGGGCAGGCGCGGGCCUAGGCGCGUCUGAACAGGGCAUCGCUGAACCGAUCAAAGAAGCUGAGGUUCGCGACCGCAGUGAUAUGUACAGGGGUAUUGGUAUGGGAAGUUCUUCGGAUGAUCUGUAUGAAAACUAUCGAAAGAGUCGAGGCCAGCAUUUCAUCAGUAAAAUGCGUGGAGCAGAGUCAUCGCGCUAAUGGGCUUGAUGUUUUCCAUGCGCAACUAUCUGCUCGGUUUGCUGUAUUGCAAACCUUUCCGAAGGCAAGCCAAACACAGUAAUACGCUCUCUUUUGACGCCGGUGAUUCGGCUGUCAAUGCAGUAAUGGGAAGACCUCCAACGUAUUUCACCUCAUGAAGAAAUUAGUAGAUAAUUCUUCAAUAAGUAUUAAUAUCAUAAAUAAAUUAAAUGUCUACGUGAAUUGUUCA